GGCAGGGAAACUGGAACCUCCCCUUUCUCUGCGGAUGCACUGUUCCAGGAUACCAGCCAGGUCAAGGCAGCCCUCUCUUCCUCACUUUCAUAUUCUGCUUCUCCUGGUGGGCUCCGGUGAGUGCCGGUCACCUGCUGCGUCAUGGCCUUCCUCCAGGCAGGCGUCCUGGCCUCCUCCCUGGCCUCCAAAGUGAUGUAGGCAGCAAGUCUGAUUAAAGUGGGUGGGGCAGCCUCUGGCAGCGUCCUGGUCGGACUUUCCUCAGUGGGGAGCGCCCUGCCAUCCCAGGCCGCCCUGACUCAGGCCUUGUCCACCCUCGGACCCUUGCUGGGCUCCCUGAAAGCCUCCCCUGUGCUGGGAUCCUCUGCCUCGGCCCUGACAGUGUCCCCUCUGGCAGCCAAGGCUGCUGCAGCUGCGCUUGGAGGAGUUGUGUCUGUGGCGGCUGCACCUGCGGUCCUGAGCGCCGUGGGCUUCACCAGCUCCGGAAUCGCUGCGUCCUCCCUGGCGGCCAACAUGAUGUCUGUGGCGGCCAUCGCCAACGGGGGUGGAGUGCCGGCCGGCAGCCUGGUGGCCAUUCUGCAGUCUGCAGGGGCAGCUGGACUCUCCCUGUCGUCCAAACUGCUGCUGGGCUCCACUGGCUCUGCCCUUGUUGGUGGCGCUGUGAUGGCCUUGUAACAGCUCCCUGGCACCCCCUGCAGACAAGAUGCUGGAGGAGACCUGAGGCCAACCUUGCACAGCAAGGCCCCAGCCACAAGUAGGGGCCCAUCCUGCUCACCAUGUGUCCUCGCUGGCCCUAGGAAGACCAGCAAUAAAAAUGGCUCUGCUACCCUCCUGGACCUUUCCUUUCUUGCUCACAGU